GUGCUGAUGAUCCACGGCUAUCGGCAGAAUGCUUCCUCCUGCCGGGAGAAAUCUGGUGCCUUUCGCAAGCUGACAAAGAGGCACAUUGACCCCGUGUUCAUAUCGGCGCCGCUGGUGGUGCCAUCAAAACCAGAUGAAGCCAACUCUGCAGCGGACGAGCGCGGCUGGUGGUUCUCGGGCGCGGACGACUCGUUCAGCGCCGGCCAGCAGUCGGAGCUGUGCCGCGGCUUCGAGGCGAGCCUGGCGACAGUGCGGGCCGCCGCGCUCGAGCACGCGCCCAUCGACGGCGUGCUGGGCUUCAGCCAGGGCGCGGCACUCGUCGGCCUGCUCUGCGCCCUCCAGCAGCGCGGAGAACUGGACUGGAGCUUCCGUUUCGCCAUCCUGGUGGCCGGGUUCCGGUCCCGGUCAGCGCCGCACGCCAAGCUCUACGAGGAGAGCAUAACGCUGCCCACGCUUCAUGUGUUCGGGGACACGGACCGGGUGAUCUCCAAAGAAAUGAGUGAAGACUUGCUGAAAUGCUACACAGAUGUCGCCGUUUUGAAUCACAGCGGCGGACAUCACAUCCCUGCUACGUCGAAGGACAAGGGCGUCUACCUCGAAUUCCUUGACCGAAUGCGGCUACAGUGUUAACUCGCACUUGCAGUAGGAUGUGUUUGGUAGCCAAUUGCAGGUGUCAGAGUUUGGACACGCAUGCCGUGUGAUGGAAACUGCUUUGUGUCUCAUAGCCUGUGUCGCGGGGUCCGUACGCCUGAUCGCAAAUCACGCUUACGUCCCAUGGACGUAUAUUUUGUUUGGUUUUGUCGCGUGUGUGCGUGCGUUGAACCAACUUUAUGUGUCUGGUCUGUGGAACUGCAUUCCAGUGCGGGUUUUCCUCACCGUUACUAGUCAUGCAGUGCGUGUUUAGUCUCCAAAUGCGCAAUUCAGAUGUGCCUUGGUCACGGAGGCAAACAUGGCGCAAGUUAUACGGGCAAAGUAACGCAUGAACUAUGUAACAAUAAAAUGCUGAUUUUUCGUCGUCUCCAUUUGGGGCUCAAAAGUCACUGAAAGGCAUGUAAACUUGUUUUGCAGAACCGACGCGUCAGAGUCGAAAACGAAACCUAAUAAACAAUGUUCAACCUA